UGCUGCCCCCUCUCCUCCUCCUUCUCCCUCAGUCCUGGGUGAGGAGACGCGGGGACACGGUGGGCCAUGAAGCGUGGGAUCCUCCUCGCCCUUGUAGCCCUCGUCCCCCUGUGGUGCCAGGCUCAGGAGGUGGAGGAGCAGCGCUCCUGUGAUGGGGCAUUCGAUCUCUACUUCAUUCUAGACAAGUCCGGCAGUGUGAAGAACCAUUGGCAUGAAAUUUACUACUUUGUGGAGAGUCUUACUGAAAAAUUCACAAGCCCUAUGCUCAGGAUGUCCUUUAUUGUCUUCUCCUCCCGGGCGACCUCCAUCUUGGACUUGACAGAGAAGAGAGAGAAGAUUCAGCACGGGCUCCAGCGGCUCCAAAAAGAGGUCCCCGGAGGCGACACCUUUAUGCAAGAAGGAUUUAAAUUGGCGAACAAGCAGAUCAUCGAGAACAGCGGGAGUAACAGCGCCGCAAGUAUCAUCAUAGCGCUCACCGAUGGCGAACUGCAGCAAAACCAGUUCUACUACGCCGAAAAGGAGGCCGACAGAGCGCGCAGCCUGGGCGCCAUUGUUUACUGCGUGGGCGUGAAAGACUUUAACGAAACUCAGCUUUCUACUAUCGCUGACAGCCUGGACCAUGUGUUUCCGGUGACUGGUGGAUUCCAGGCUCUGCAUGGAGUUAUUGACUCAAUCCUGAAGAAAUUCUGCAUUGAGAUUCUGGCAGCGGAGCCGUCCAGUGUCUGCGCCGGAGAAUCCUUCCAGGUGCUGGUCCGAGGGAACGGCUUCCACAGCACCCGCGACAUCAACCAAGUGCUCUGCAGCUUCAGGCUCAACGACAGCUUCAGUAUAAAUGAGAAGCCGUCAGUCAUUAAAGACACCUACCUGCUGUGUCCGGCCCCGGUCAUUGAGGAGGUUGGACAGGUGAUCUAUCUGCAGGUCAGUAUGAACAUGGGCCUGAACUUCAUCUCCAGUUCUGUCAGCAUCACCAGCACACAGUGUCGCACCGGGAUCAUCCUGUUCAUCGCCCUCCUCAUCCUCUUCCUCCUGCUGUUCCUGGCGCUCCUUUGGUGGUUUUGGCCGCUGUGCUGCACAGUGGUGAUCAGAGAACCGCCGCCACCUCCUCCUCCGGAACCGGAAUCUGACGACGAGGAUGGUUUUCCAAAGAAAAAAUGGCCGACCGUGGAUGCGUCAUAUUAUGGAGGAAGAGGAGUCGGGGGAAUUAAGAGGAUGGAGGUGAGAUGGGGUGAUAAGGGGUCUACAGAAGAAGGAGCAAAACUCGAGAAACCCAAAAACGCAGUCAUUAAACUGCCAGAGCAGGAGUUCGAGCCCUGGGAGCCGAAACCGAAGAAAAACUCCCACCGUAACAACUCCCAGGAGAGGAAGUGGUACAGUCCUAUCAAGGGUAAAUUGGAUGCAAUCUGGGCUCUGCUGAGGAGAGGAUACGACCAAGUGUCACUGAUGAGGCCACAGGCCGGAGACAAGGGACGCUGUAUUAAUUUCACCAGAGUUAAAGCUGAUGGAAACCAGGCUAUCUAUAGGCCCCCCCCAAGAAGUGCUUCACCAACCCUUCCACCACCACCUCCAAAGCAGCCGCCAACACAGCCUGCACAUCAGCCACCACAGCGGCAACCUCCACCAGGUCCUCCGCCUUCACGUCUGCCCCCUGGUCCGCCCCCUGCUCGUCCUCCUCCUCAGCCUAUUGAUUGAGCCUGCGCCAUUUGCAUUUUUUUACGCUGGACUGGAAUUAAAGUUUUUGGUUAUUUUUUUAAGAGCAGCUGCACGACUGCAGUAAAGAGCAGUUCUGGUACUUGUAGUCCUGAUAUGCCACGUUUAAUAUGAUCGACAUGUAACAAUGCGCAUUUCUCUAUCUUCCCUAAUAGAACGCAUCAUAAAUUGUGGUAAAUUUAUAUGGGCCACGGCAUUGGUCUCCGAUGUCCUCACCAUAAGGCAGAGCUUCUUCAGUCUCAGGCCGUGCAGCUGCUCUUCGCCUCUUUGGCUGUUCAGAUGUUCAGUCUGGCAGCCAAAGGGUUACAUGUACUCGGUCUAUUUAUUCUGUCUGUCGUUAUUAUAUGUUAGAAAUGACAAAUGGAGUUUGUUGCUGGCCAGCAAAGUGUGCCCCAUUUGUGCUCAGGUGACAGCCUGACCUCAGUACAUUCCUCCGUCAUCUCCUAUCAUGUAGACCUUUCAUCAGGCUUCCAUGUUCUGCUUCACUUUCAUAUACUAAAUUCCAUUAAAGGAAUAGCACUGGUCACCAGCUUGUACUGUCCGACGUGCCAGCUACCAUCCCUUCCUCCAUCCUGAUUGGCCCAUAAAAUCGUUACUUCAUCUACCGAACAAGAAGCCGUUUCCAGAAAUAGGAGGACAAAGCUUGCAUCAGGUUAGAGUAGAUGACUGACAGCAGAGCAAGGUGGCACCAUGAGAAUCUCCUUAUGCCAUUGGCCUACUGACUGGUCUUGUGCCAUCUGCAUCAUGGGUGGCAGGGUAGAGAGCAAGGUGUGGACCAUGAGAUUCUCUAUCUACUGUUGGUCUACAGACUGGUCUUGUGCCAUCUGCAUCAUGGGUGGCAGGGUAGAGAGCAAGGUGUGGACCAUGAGAUUCUCUAUCUACUGUUGGUCUACAGACUGGUCUUGUGCCAUCUGCAUCAUGGGUGGCAGGAUAGGCAACCAGGUGGGAACCAUGAGAUUCUCCAUCUGCCAUUUACCUACUGACUGGUCUUGUGCCAUCUGCAUCAUGGGUGGCAGGGUAGAGAGCAAGGUGUGGACCAUGAGAUUCUCUAUCUACUGUUGGUCUACAGACUGGUCUUGUGCCAUCUGCAUCAUGCGUGGCAGGAUAGGCAACCAGGUGGGAACCAUGAGAUUCUCUAUCUACCAUUGGUCUACAGACUGGUCUUGUGCCAUCUGCAUCAUGGGUGGCAGGAUAGGCAACCAGGUGGGAACCAUGAGAUUCUCCAUCUACCAUUGGUCUACAGACUGGUCUUGUGCCAUGCUUUGUGGGUUGAAAGGAUAGAGGCCAAGGUGAAGACAAUAAGGCUCUCCAUCUACCGUUGGUCUAUAGACUGGUCUUGUGCCAUGCAAGGUGGGGACCAUGGGGGAUAUUUAUCAAUGUUUGCUUACGUAUUCCUUUUUUUAGUUAUUUUUUUCUUACUAUGUUUUUGCGACUUAUUUACCAACUGGUUUCAGCCUGUUGAUACAUUUCUUUCACGUAAGCAAUUUUUAUUUUUUUGCUUUGGUAGUGGCUUUUUCUGCUCCAUGUCUGAGCUGGAGUUAAUUUAGUAUUUUUUUUAAUGGGAUACGACUUUUUUGCGACUCUCGCACUUGAUAAAUCUCUGAUGACUAAAUGCUUUGAUAAAUGUCCCCCCAUAUCUCUUUGUAUAAAUGUGUAUGUGAAGGUCGUGUACAGACGUCAGCACCUGACACUGCUGGGCAGUUCAUGUAAUUUAUAAGAAGUGCUGACAAUCUUCAUAACCCUGAUCCCCGGAGCCCGAGGUCACAAUCGGGUGGGACCAUCUCAUAUAUGUGUAAUCUUCUAUAAGAGGGAAUGGAAAUGAUUCCAAUAAGUUAAGUCCCUGGGAUUCAGUGUCCAUCGUUUUCAGCCUUUGCGGUCUGUAACUACAUUCCAUCAUCUUGUGAGAUCAUCAGUGACAUCAUCAGUGACAGUCCAACAAGUCUUUCGAAAAUCAACAUGAGAUUUGUUUCAGGGCGUCUUCCCUCCACAAGUCUUCACCAUUGUAGUCGUCUGUUUUUACAAUCUUUGAGGUUAUUGAUCCGGAAUUCUGAAAGUUCUAAGUACAAGAUGGUGGCAGGAAUAUCCAAAGAGGAACAGGUCAGGAUGAGGCGUGGGUGAAGGACGUUGUUUCCAGAAUCUUCUCCAGACCCUACAUUCAGGGACAGAUUAGAUGGGUUGGGGAUUAUUGGUAUUGGACACCAUUGUUUUAUGUUGGGUUUGGUUCUCUCUUCAUAAAGUCCUAAUGUUCAGUAUAAGAAGAGACAACGAGAGACGACCCCACCAGGAGAGGACACUUUAGGUUGAGAUGAACGUUCAUUGCAUGUGACCGGUUGGAGACGGUUUAUGAAAUCUACUUAUUGUAUAGAAGAAAAACGUCUUCUCUCUGGUGUAACAAGGUUGGUGAGGACGCCAUCUUGUCUAGUGGAGGUUAUCGAUUGGACAUUUAUGUAUACCG